AUGACCAACAUUUUGAUUUUACUCUUGAUAAAUGUGAUGGCCACAGUCUCUUUUGAUGUCAAUCCCAAUAUCAACGCUACUCUAAGACGAUACGCGACCGAAGAUGAGAAUAGAGAAGAGAAUCAAGUGAGUGUCAUCACUUUUUCGCCUUAUUUUGAAUUUAUUUGGACGGGUUUUGUCUAAAAUAAUAUAAAAUUAUUUGAGCUUGCCUAAAACGAAUGUACGCUCACUAUUUACAAGCAAUUUACGAUAUCCUGGAUACCCGAUACUUCCAAAAAUUUUACUCUUUCAACCGUAAAUGCAACAUUUUUUUGCGAAAAUUGAAAUGUCUGGUUAUGACGUCAUCAAAGUUGAAUUCAAAUGGAAAUAUUGGGAUUAUUUUAGGUAAUAAACUCAAGAACAAAGCCGGAAUGGAUGGUGACUCUCGGCAGGGAUACUUAUGGCCUCUCCUUGACUCCUUAUAACUAUCCAAAUUUGAGGUUGAAGUCGAUGAAUGUUUUUUAUGACAAACAGGAGAAGCCAUUGUAUAUUACAGUCCACGAUGACAUGGACAACUUGAAUUUGAUUGGAAAUUCGAUGCCAAUUAGUUUAGAGAGGCUCAAGGAGAAGAUGCGGUGAGUUAGGUGAAGAUUAAGGAGAAUUCAGGUUUUCGUGGUGGGACAUAAAAUGACGACUUUGUGAAGGCAAAAAAGCUAUUGGAAUCGCCAGGAGGCGUUGGUUAGCUCAAAAUUGAAUUGGGAUUUUUAUUCAGCUAUCCUUUAGCGUUUAUUUGCUAAAAAAUCCGCUAUAAUGAAAGAUUCUUCGGAUUCUUCCAGACUUUUUUUUCACUUUUCUUUUAAUAAUGGAAAAGUCUAGGGUUUUGCAACGAAAACAUCUUGAUCAAAACCCGCUAGAAGAGUAUGCAUUUUAAUUUUAGCGAGAAAUUCGAAUUGGGCCAGAUUCUAAUCGAAGCUUGCGCAUCAAUAAGACCGGAUGGAAAGCUGAUGAUGAACACUUUGUGGGCAGAAAACCCCGAGGCCGAUUCGGACCUUUUCAUCUUCGACGGCGAUGAAAAGAAUCCAGAGAAAUUUCUGAGUCCCACCAGUCUACCCAUUAGUUUGUGUGGAUUUAGGUAUAAAGUAAGCAAAAAAUUACAACUUUUCAAUCAGAUAUAACUUAAUUUUUAACACAAAAAUAAUGUUCAUCGCUAUUUAGGGAAAAGAUCAGUACCUUUUGGUGACAGUCCGGCCAAAAAGACGAGUGGAAAUGCAGGUUUCUCAAGUCAAAUUACUCUUCAACAAGCCGCUAAAUGAAUGCCUAAAGGAAGAUAAAGAGCUUGCGGGUCAAUUUUUUGUCGCUCAAAAGUUCACAAUCCACUAUUCCGGCGACAUUGUAAGAUUUGAUACAAUUUCCAGGCCAAAUGUCAUUAUUUUUGGGUUUCGGACAAGUUAUACGAUGAAAGGUGUCGGAUGACUUAAAAUACAGUAUGACAUUUGGCUUUAGAUUGACUAAAUAUACUCUUUAUAGUCUAUUUUGAAGAUUUAGAAAUUUUUGGAUUAUCAUACUGUAUAAAAAUUUAGUUGAAAUGCUCGGCCAUUUACUGGAAUCAGCACGGUGCGGCUCAUCGAAUUACAGUAACCAACAAUACUGUAUUAAAAGAUCACAUGGAGAAACGAGAGAAUUUUACAAAAUACAAUUCACUGACGCCAAAGUCGGUCUCCAUUGCCAACAAUUCCAUGGUGAUUUUGUGGAGUAAUCUCCCGAUUUGGCCGUUCCCUUCGGCCCCCUCAUUACUCACUUAUGACCGGUAAUUCUUAGACGUUUUAUUACCAUAUUGGUUUUAUUUCAGCCCCAUCCCAUUUCAGUACAUUUCGGGGAUGAACAUGGAGUUGCCAACAGAUUUAUUGAGCUAUCUGAACAACCGAGUUGUAACUUUUAUGGAAAAACUUGAUAUUCCUGGAUUGUCGUUGGCUUUGGCUAAGAAUGAGUUACUAAAAUUGGCUGUUUGUGGGUUUUCAAAGUUUAAAAUCAAAGGUUUUAAUUUAGCUUUAUGAGUUUUGAUAAAAAAUUUAUAUUAACCAUGAACGAAAUUGAUAUAAAUUCGCAAAAAUUUUUUAGCAUUCGGAUAUUCCGACGUGAUGAAGAAAAUUACGCUGACUCCAGACGAUAAAAUACGCAUAGGCUCGAUUAGUAAGACGAUUACAUCGACCGGAAUCUUCUUAUUGGUCGAGAGCGGAGAUCUGGGGAUCGACGAAAGGGUCUUCGGAUUUGCUGGUAUUUUUGGUAAGGGAAUUUAAUAAAUUUAUCUUCUUUUUUACACUACAUGUAUAAUUUUUAAUAGUUUUCACACUUUUAUUUGCGACAUUUAAUUCAAAUUAAAUUUUUCCGCAAUUUUUGGCAUUCUGUUUCAAGGUAUGGAUCUUGCAGUUUUAAUGUUGUAACGAGGUAAUUGAUACUCUGAAUAGAUCGAAGAAGCCAAAGUUUUAAAAAAAUUGGCGAUUUAAUGGUUUUUAGUAUGGUAUUCAUGAGAGCUUUGGUAUAUCAUUUUUGAGAUCUUCUUGUUAAAUUUUAGUGUCCAAUUGUAAGCAAAAAUAUAGAACAAUAAUUUCCCAAUACUCACGCAUUCACCCAUGAACUUUAAGGUAUGGAUAUGGCCGUAAACGACUCCUAUCCCCGUUAUGUCGAUGAAAUCACGGUCCGUCACCUCCUCUCUCACACCGUUGGUGCUUGGUCCAAUGUGGGUGAUGACCCGGUGUUCAAGUCCGAGAAGACGUCAGUCACUGAAAUGAUUCGCGAAACCAUCUCUAAACAUCCACUGACCAAACCCCCAGGGCUUGAGUAUCAAUACUCGAAUGUUGGCUAUGCAAUCCUGGGGAAAGUGAUCGAAUAUAGGAGUGGAAUGCCGUACAAUGAAUUUAUAAAUCGAAGGAUCUUCAUUCCCAUCGGGUUGGGACGACAGAUGACGUUGAGUGGGAGGUUUAGAGCUCCUCCAGAGUAAGGAUUUCAUUGCUUAUAUUUCUUCAGCAUAAAUGAAAUGUUGGCAGAACCUCUUUGUAGCUCUAUUCCGGCCCUACGACAAUUUUGAUCGAAAUUUUCAAUGAUUUCCAGAUAUUAUCUUUGAUGACUUCAAUUUUUGUACAAAAGUCAUCGUUUUCUAAACUUUUUUCUCUACAACCCAGUGUAAUUUGACGGCAAUUUCUCUUCCAGAGGCUCGGUUCUCUACUACGCGACACCAGACUCCCCUGACGACCCCUACGACCUUCCCCAUCCCUCAGUUCUUGAGGCCUGUUGUGGAUGGGUGUUGUCGCCUUCAGCUACCGUUAAAUUCUUAACCCAUGUCGAUGGAUUUCCCUUGAAGAAGGAUAUAAUCCGUCUGGAGUCGUUUUAUCAAAUGGGAUCACCUACGAGGCAGUCCAAUUACACUUAUGGGUUUGGUUGGUCGAUAAAUGAACGGGGAUUCAACGGGAGAUCUCAUCAAGGACAGAUGCCUAGCUCACUCAGUUUCCUGGUCCGCACGGACAGUGGGAUCGAAUUGGCUAUUUCGAUGAAUAGAGUGAGUAUCUUCGAGUAGUGAUGUCAUCUUUUUGGACCACUUAUGUUACACUAGACAUCAAGUAGAAUACGUUGAAAUUUUAGCAGACUAAAAACGCCUCUAGAUGUCCAAAUCGAUAAUGAUGGGACAUAACAAAAAAUUUUAUCCGUCUUUACUUUCAGUACCCUCAACGAUUCAUCGGUGACACAGAACUUGCCUAUCUUGCUCAUCACAUCACCUCCGUUUUUGAAGGCCCGGACCUAAACGGGAUCGACCAUUUUAUGGACAAUGAAGUUGUCGUAUUCUAG